GGCGGGGCGGGAGCUGCCCGCUGCAAAUGGCGGGGCGGAGGCCUGGCCGCGCGGGUGAGCUGAGGUGCGGGCGGUGCCAUCAUGGAGCACAUCACCACGCCGAAGGUGGAAAACGUGAAAUUACUAGAUCGCUAUACAAAUAGGAAGGCAGCAAGCGGGACGUUAUACCUGACAGCCACCCAUCUCAUCUAUGUGGAUGCUUCUGCUGAAGUCAGAAAAGAAACAUGGAUUCUGCAUCACCAUAUUGCAACUGUAGAAAAAUUGCCUCUGACCACAGCUGGAUGCCCACUCCUUAUUCACUGCAAGAACUUCCACGUGGCUCACUUUGUUAUUGGGCAGGAACGUGAUUGUCACGAAGUGUAUACCUCCUUGCUCAAACUUUCACAACCAGUGAAACCCGAAGAACUUUAUGCUUUCUCUUACAAUCCUAAAAUGUCUAAAGAUAACCGGGAGAUUGGAUGGAAGCUGAUUGAUUUGAAAGUAGAUUACCAGCGUAUGGGAAUCCCGAAUGACUAUUGGGAAAUAACAGAUCUUAACAAAGACUACGAGGUUUGCAACACAUAUCCUCCAGAAAUCGUGGUGCCUCGAGCUGCUAGUAAGGCAACAGUGAUUGGAAGCUCAAGGUUCAGAAGCAGGGGGCGGAUCCCAGUGCUUUCUUACUUAUAUAAAGAAAACAAUGCUGCCAUAUGUCGUUGUAGCCAGCCCCUCUCUGGGUUCAGUGCUCGUUGUUUGGAGGAUGAACAAAUGUUGCAGGCAAUCAGAGAAGCCAACCCUGGGAGUCCCUUCAUGUAUGUUGUAGACACAAGGCCAAAGUUAAAUGCCAUGGCCAACCGAGCUGCUGGGAAGGGUUAUGAGAACGAAGACAAUUAUGAUAACAUUCGCUUUAAAUUUAUUGGCAUUGAAAACAUCCAUGUGAUGCGGAGCAGCUUGCAGAAACUCCUGGAAGUCUGCGAAACAAAGUCUCCAUCAAUGAGUGAUUUCCUUACUGGGCUGGAGAACUCAGGUUGGUUGCGGCACAUAAAGGCUGUCAUGGAUGCAAGUGUCUUUCUCGCAAAGGCUGUGAAAGAUGAAAAGGCCAGUGUGUUGGUGCACUGCUCUGAUGGGUGGGACCGCACAGCACAGGUCUGCUCCCUGGCUAGCCUCCUUUUAGAUCCGUUUUAUAGGACUUUUAAAGGCUUCAUGGUCCUUAUAGAAAAGGAGUGGAUUGCAAUGGGCCAUAAGUUUUCACACAGGUGUGGCCAUUUGGAUGGUGACCCAAAGGAAGUGUCCCCUGUCUUCACUCAGUUCAUUGAGUGCGUCUGGCAGCUCAUGCAGCAGUUCCCUUGUACGUUUGAGUUUAAUGAACAUUUCCUUCUGGAAAUCCAUGAUCAUGUCUAUUCCUGCCAGUUUGGAAACUUCCUUGGGACCUGCCAUAAGGAGCGUGAAGAUCUGAAAAUCUUUGAGAAGACCCACUCUCUGUGGCCUUUCCUCUUACAGAAGAAGCAGGAAUUGAGAAAUCCUUUGUACAGAGGAUUUACAGCUUACAAAGAGCUUCAACCCAACACGCUACCUUUUAGUUUUCAGUUUUGGUGUGGGAUGUACAAUCGCUUCGACAAAGGAAUGCAUCCAAAACAGUGUGUACUGGAUCAUCUACUGAGCUGCAUGAACCAGAAGAUAAAACUAGAGGACAAUGCAUCUGAAUUGGAAAAUAAACUUCCUUUCCUUGAUGGUCCGUUACCCAAUGAAGCUUGCUUCUUAUCUAAAGUAGGAUGUGCUGCUUCAAAAACACCGAUGCUGAACACUCCCCAGGAUUAUGAAGGGGAAGCACCUCCUGUGUUGACCAACGGUAUCUCAGUUGGAGAUAUAAAUGUUACGUCAGAUGUGGACCAGAGAAACAAAGAGAACCUGGCUAAUCACCGAGACCUCCAUCUUAAUGACAGCGUUGAUGUUUUAAACUCUGAAGCUAAGGAUGGAAAGCCUCAGCACCAUUGAUCGGCUUUGAGAAUUGUGUUCAAUGAAGCAGGUGCUUGUGAGGCAUAAAGGAUCUGUGACCCUGCCCAGGUGUAGACCACCCAGCCAGUUCCUGCUAUGCAUUACUGUGUAUGUUUGCGGGGAGCUGUGCUCUCGCUGUAGCGAGCGCAGUCCAUGUUUGGUUUGGUUUGCAUCAUUUUGGGGCUAAAAUGAUGAAGAUACAUACAGAGCUGCUGAGAAGGCUAUCCUGAGUUACAGUAUAAACUUUAUUUUUAAGUGGAGGCGUGAUGUUUGUUUUAAGGCUUAGAAUUGUCUGGCAGUACUGCUGUUUUAAGCUGGAGGGCAUCAUGGACAAUUAGCAUGGGGUUUAGGAAUUGAUGCAGUAUUCAUGAUAGGAGGAGGAGAUACAAUGCUUUUAUUCUCAGUGGUGCAGGGUUGUAAAUGCCCUUUCAGUUCAUCUAAAAGUGGAAAAAAAAAAAUCUCUUGGCUGUAAAUGAAUCUCUGCAUGGACCCUCACCUUAUGGAAGAACUGAUCCAUUUUUUGUUUCCUAUGCACAUUUGUUAAACAAAAAACUGUGCCUUUUUAUGGAGACCGUUUUUGUAUCUAGCUGUGCAAUGUAGUAGUAUUAUUUUAGUGUAGAGUGUAGUAUUUGGUCGUCUUUAUAGUCAGUAUUUUUAAACAAAGUUUUAUAUCUGCUGCCACAUUCCCCCAGAUCUAUGCUGGUCCCAAGUUGAGCAGCUUCUUUCUGAGCUGAUCUUUGAAAAAGUAAGCUUUUAUGGACUUCAUUUACUUAUCUGUGAGAGUGCAGCAAGCCACAGAGCCUGUAGCAUGUGAAUUUUUGACAGGAGGAUUAGGAAUAAGGCAAUGUAAGAGAAAUACUCAAAUUCACGUGGAAUCUUCCUCUUCUCUUAAUUGGUGUUGGUUAAACUGAAGCAAGAGAGUAACUCGUUCUGUGUUGGGAUUGGUGUGCUUUCUUCAGAUCCUUCAGUAAGGCAACAAUUAUAGAUGAGGCAUAUUCUGUUGUAGGAAUGAGACGUAAAAUGAUUACUUCCAGUCACCCAUUGAGUGAUUAUAGUGAAUGUUAAAAUUAUGUGAAAUUAAGGUGUGACUUAUCUGCAUUGUCAAGACCUGAGGGAAGGAACAGUUUCUCUCAGCAUUGAACUUUAUAAUUUUGUGGAGCUGGUGACAAAACAUAAAUUUAUAAAUCGGGAUGUGACCCACUAUUGGAUCAAGAAGUGAACAUCUUGACUCAAUAUUGUGGCUCCAUCUUGGAACUUCAGUGCUUGUGCUACUUGGUUCCUUUAAUCUGCAGUGGAGAUGCUGGUUGAAGUCAAAGGUUUAAAGGAGAAAUGUAUUCCGUUUAUUCAAUUCCGAAAGUUCAUCUCCCUAGGGAAAUGGAUGGCCCAGAAAAGCUAUUCCACAAUACUUACUCUGGGCAGAUUUAGCCUAUGGAUGUGUUUAAAUUGCACAAAGACUCCCUUUGAUGCAGCUUAAUUCAGUAUGCUUUUUUUUUUUUUUUUACUGUUGUCUGGACUGUGUUGUUUAAAUCAGAUGUUGCCAUCAGGUGUUUAAAUCAGAAUCUCUAUGAUAAAACUUAAAAAUAUUUUCUUUCAAAAUUAACCCUCCCAAUCUACAAUAAAAAGUAGAAACGUUCAAUUACUCCAUACCAACAUUGUCAUAGCCAUUGUUGGUGUGCAUACAGCAUGUGGUGAGGUGACUGGGUUGGUUCCAGUGUUCACAAUGAACACUUUCAAACACUUUCAACAAGAGAAGAAAAAAAAGAAAAAGAAAAAAAUCCUCCUCUGUGUGUAUCCCUUUGGGUAAGAAGGUGCUUUAUUAAGCAUACCCAAAGACCCAAGUAACAGGGUAAUGCCUGAGGAGACUUUCCUUAGUGUCUACAGUGGCAAGGAAAAACUCUUUUCUACUUUUUCUAGUGUUACAGGUUUUAAAAUCUUAAGUAAUGUUUAAGUCUGUUUUAAAAAGCAACUGUUUUUAAGGUAUGAGUGUAUGCUUGAUUUAGAAACUAAGUACGUUAAGUACUGAACCCAGAUACACUUAAGCAAAUGUACCCACACAGCAAAUUUUGAGAGUCUCAUCCACGUACUGCCUCAUGCAAACAGCCAUAUUUGUUUUGAAUGAUGCUCGCUUCCAAAUGCAUCCUUUUUGUUUUUAAUCUCAAGAUUAUCUGUUGUUUUGUCUCUUUGCUAUUAAAAAGAUCUGAUUAACGUUAAUCUAAUCACUCUCAGCAUUAAGCUAGAUAGUCUGCCAGCCCUUGUUUGCACUACCCACACAUUCGUCAAGCAGAGAGAUUAAACCUAUGUCUUACUCUUACUGCUCUAAAUGCACAGGAUUUGAAAUUCUGCCAUAGACUUUCACUGGAAAGUAACUUUUGUCUCCUCGUAGUCUAAAAGCUCAUUUCAUGUGUGUGCUUAGCAGUUUGGAGCUUUGUUCAAACAACCCAAUAGAUUCACUCCUCUCUCUAGGUAGUAGAGCAGUAGUGAAUGGUAUGCAUAGCUUCUGAAAUAGAUAACUCAUAAAUAAAUGGUGAAUGAGACCAAGGUAGGCAGUUCUUAGCACCAGUUAUUCUAGAUGUCAACAGGUUCUAUGCUUUUUGUAAUGAAUACGGGAUCAUUGUAGAUGAAUUUUGACUACUGAGGAAUUUAGAUAUGCCACUCGUUAAUCUUUCUAUAAAAACAAAUAUUUUGCAGAAGGUUUCUAUGUUUACACACUGCCUUGUCCUUUGAAUUAACAUAGAUUAUCUUUUUUCCCCAACUAUAAUAAUGUUUGCUUAUCCCUAAAAUAGGACACUGGCAUCUCCACACAUCUUUCUGGAAGAUGAUAUUUAGGAGCAUACAACCCUGAAAAGAUGACAUGAUGCACUGAAAGUACUUACAAGCUGUUAGAAAUCAAUGCAUAACUCUAUACUUGGAAAUGCAAAACCUGGCUGAAAGGAUGGUAAUGAGCUGUAUAGUCUUACAGCUUUUGGAGUUCAUAUAUAUAUGAACUUGGCCAAAGUCUACAACGUGCUAAAAAUCAUUCAUGCUGGUGCUGUAAAUUAAGGGAGCUGAAAUAUGUUUCAGGGUUUCAUGGAAUUCCAUAAGAUUAUUUGUUUGAAAACUCAUUAGCUUAGCUACAGGGUUUGUUAUUGUUGUUGUUUUGAAGAUGACUUUGUUUUAAGACCAAAAAAUGAACAGCUGUUCAAAGCACUGCAGUGUGUCCUCAGGUCCCUGGCCAGCUAGGUUGGCUUCCUAGAGUCUUGCACAACGCCUGUGUUCUACAUCCCAGUGCCCUGCUGACUGUAGCGAGGCACUUCAGUAUAUGCUCCCUGGAAGUGUUAAAGGGAAACUUAAAAGCUGUUAGAUAGGAAUCUCCUUUUUUGAGCACUGUAUAGGUGAGAAGUUACUGUAACUUAUUUAUUCCUAGUGGACCAUCUGUCUGCGUGUUGCAAAGUCAAUGAGUACUUUUUAUUUGGAGCUGUGAACUGAACAGUGGAACUUGCUGCUUUCUGUUUGGAUCCCUCUGCCAGGGAUGAAAGAGGGAUCCUUUUUGCUGUGGGUGGUUUCUGCUUAUGCAAAACUUUUCCUUUUUUGGAGCGCUUCUUGCUUUGAGAUUCUCUGUGGUAUCAUGGUUAAAUUCCUCUAUGUAGUCUUCGGGCCCUAGUGAGAGGGAUUGCUGGCAGCUAAAGGUGUGCAGAGGUUUGUGGGAUUACUGCCUUGAGUUAGGUCUUGGUGGGCUGCAGCUUGAAAUAACCAAAUUGGUAAAGGGCCAAUUGGUAAAGGUCUGUUGUUUUCUUUGUAUUUAGAGAUCACGAUCAGUGUAUGCAAAGUACCCUUGCAACUGGCAAACCUGUAAUGUGAGGGGAAGUAUUUAUAAGCUCUUCUGCCAGGUGCUGCUUCGUAUUCUUUCCUGGUAAAGCUGGCAUUUUUAACUGGUGCCUGACGUGUAGUCCCCAGAGGGAGCUUUCUUGGCACUACUUAGUGAUGGCUAUUAGUGAGUGACCAAAAAUUUGACUGUUGUUUCUCUUUUCCCCUUCACCACCACCUUGCAUUGAGAGCUGGGAUCUUUUAUUUUCUUGCUGUGUGUGUGAGUCUAGCUAUUAUUAGAAGCUGGGGCAAUUCCUUGUUUACAUGCUGUCCGUCUUGCACGUAAAAGCAUUUCCCAUGCCUGAAAUCCAGACUGGGAGGAAAUGAUCUGUUCUGAAUGUAAUAGUUUUGUUUUAAUUAACAUGCAGCAGGUCCUAUUAAAGUGCAUGUUCUUGUAAGUAUCUUCAGUACUAAAAUCAGCCAGGUUGGUGCCAGUUGCAGUCUGUAAUUUGUUAGUGUAAGUAUUUAAACAUGCAGCGCUGUGUCCUUUUGACAUCUCCUGGACUACAGAAGCAAUGCAGAAGGAGGAGUAGGUAAAAUGAUUGACCUAAUUUCUUCUCAUAACAUUGACCUGUGUGUAUAUGCCUCUGUAUUUAAUGUAGCAGCAUACUACUGGAGUAACUUGUAGCACUGGAUCUAAUCAUAUGUAUUGGAGCACAAAUAUGUACUUUUCUCAUCAUCACAAAGUGAUCUUUGUAGGAACUUGCCUAAGCUUGUGUAUAGUACUCAGCUGAAAAUGUUAAAUGUUUUUGCUGUUUCUGUGAGUUGCUAAUUUUGUCCUUACUGUAAUUGUUGAGGGACAGUUGUAUAAAAUUGCGUAUGAUUAAAUCCCACAUUCUGGAAUGUGCUGCAAUGGCUGUGCACAUGAAAGUCAUUUUAGUUAAUGCACUGCUUAAAAACAUUGUACCAUGUUAAGAGGAGCACUGUGCCCUUUCUCUAAAUGUAUUUGUCUCAUGGAGUUACAUUUGUAUUACAGUUUAUUUUUACUUCUUAAAAAGAAAAUAUCAAUACCUUGCCUUUUUACAGGUGGUGAUUGGUCUGUUUGUUAAUUAAACUCGACAUGGAACUUCA